AUGAAACGUCAAUAUACAUCAAUUGGUCUUAUUGCCAUUAUUUUUUUAGCUACAGUAACAGCUGACACAAGUAUAACAACAACAACAUCAACAGUAGAAUCAACAACAACAACAACAACAAUAAUAACUUCAACGACAACUACACUAACAAGUACAGCAACAGCAACCACAGAUACAUCGACUGCAAGUAUAAGUACAACGAUGUCAUCAACAGAUACUACAACUACAACAAUGUAUACAACCCCUAUAACAACAUCAACAACAACUGAAGCAUCUACAAGUUCAAGUACAACAAUACAACCGACAACAACCUCAGCUCCAGGUCGUAAAUUUGAUGGUCUUUCAUUUAUGGGUGGUAUAAUUCUUACAGUUGGUCUUGGUGCAAUUGCAUUUCUAGUCGUACGUUAUUUACGUCGUAGUAAUCGGUUACCCUAUGCAAAUUUAAGAUAA